GAGCUUUAGUAUCUUGUAUGUUCUGGCUACUAAUCCCUCGUUAUCCUGAAAUCGCUUGUCCAUCUUGCUAUUCUUUGCUUGAAGCCUUGUAGCUGAUAAAUCCUAUAUCCUUCGAGUAGCGAUGUGACUCAUGUCUCAAUCAUUUGGAAAAAUAAAGGUUGAUUAAUAUUCCUGAGAGACAUGGAAGAUAAUUCGCCUAGGGAUGGCGUAUGAAGAGAUUUUGAGGUAAUGCUGUAGGGGUAACUAACCCUACGCAAUCAUGGGAGAUAGAGUGAACCUAACCAAUUCUUGCCUAACUUGCUUUAUGAUAGGUCUCAUCUGCACCCGCCCCUUGGGUUUCCAAGCGGGUUACAAACGAACCGGGAGAUUUUCUCCGUUCCUCAACCUCCCCUUUCAAGUUUCCAGUUCUUCUCUGCUUGUAUGCUCUACUCAAAGACCUUCAUAUACCUCAUUCCAAUCAACUUUCCCAUAUCACACACAACAUGAAGACCCCCUUCGCGUGUCCCUUAGCGAGCUUGUUCAUCAAUUAUGCAGCCCUCUCAAGCGCUGGUUUUACUGCCCUUCCCUUUCAGUGUGAUUACGACACAACUAACUUGGUCGAUGUUGUGGUAAUGGGAGGAGGUGCUUCUGGGACCCAUGCUGCUAUUCAGCUUCGCCGACAAAAUCGAACAAUUGCACUCAUUGAGCAAGAGGAAAGGUUGGGAGGCCAGGUGAACACGUAUUUGGAUCCGAAAACCGGUAUUAAAGUCGAAUAUGGCGUCAAUCAAUACACGCACAACGAUGCAGCAACUCAGCUAUUCGAAUACCUCAAGGUUCCUUACGUUCAGGGUCUUGUUGAAAAUAGACAAAGCGCAACGUACUUCGACUUCAGCAACGGGGGAAAAGCCUAUAAAAAGGAUAAGCGCAUGUCUUUAGAGGCCCUAGAGAUAUAUCAAGAGCAGCUAGCGAGGUAUUCCUACCUGGAAGAUGGAUUCUUCCUCCCAAACCCGGUCUCAGAAGAUCUCUUGCUUCCCUUUGGCGAUUUCGCUAGGAAGUUUGGGAUAGAACACGGUGUAGCAGCGUUGUCAGUUGGUAUGGGAGACGUUGUGAGCCUUCCUACCAUUCAUGUGAUGAAACAUUAUGGUUCAGCCAUCUUUCAAAACAAGUUCCUAUUUACCGCCCACCAAAACAACCAAGAGCUUUAUGACCGAGCUAAGGAGUUGCUGGAGCCGGGGGUACUCCUUUCAAGCAAAUCCCACAGAAUCCAGCGAACUGGUGAUAAAGAUGUACGCUUGUGCUUGGAGACGCCCUCAGGGACACAUCUGGUACAUGCAAAGCGGCUUAUUAUGACAAUUCCGCCCAUUUCGGAGUCCCUACAAAGUACUGUGAUAGACCUGGAACCUGAAGAGGCAAUUAUCUUCUCGAACCUCUCUCAGAUAGGCUAUUACACCUCACUUGUCAGAAUACCUGGCCUGGCAAACAGCCUUCUGCCCCUUGAAAAUGCAGAUGGUAAUGACACCAUAUUCGGCUUGGCAAAACUCCCUGGUAUAUGGAGGGUUACACAAACCGCAAUUCCUGGCCUAUAUCAGAUUGAAUAUGGCUCCAAGACAGUGCUUCCAGACGAUGUUGUUCAGCGACAAACGUUAGCCGACUUGACUCGACUGAGAUGUAGGCUACAUCUACGGUAAAGAGGAGCCUCAGAUAGUCCGAUUUUCUAGCCAUUCUCCUUUCUAUCCGCAUGUAGAGGUGGAGUCUAUCCGAACGGGGUUCUAUCAGUGACUGUAUGGUCUACAAGGCAAGAGAAACACAUUCUGGAUAGGCUCAGCGCUCCAUGUCCCAGACUCGUCCCUACUAUGGCGUUUCACAGAGUCCCUACUCUCGGAAGUCACUACGGGCCUGGGUUGAAUCUAAUAUUGCUCUAGGGUUCGCUGUUCCCAGUAUUGUUUGCUCAACUUGAAACGUUUCUAGGUUCAUAUUUGUAUUGUUGAUAGAGACAUAGUAAUCUUCACAGGCCUAGAUGAAGCCCUGCGCCGAAAUG